CCUCAAGACUCUGUCUGGAGAUUUGUACAACAAUAUGAGGUGCUUCAAGAAACAAUGUUGGACCGUGAAGACAAUCAAGCUUUCAUAGGCCACGCAACAACUGCACCACUUUACUCAAGGUACAACUUUGAGCGCCAAGCAGUUCACUUCUAUACCCGAAGCGUGUUUCUCAAGUUUCAAAAAGAGGUCAUGGCAUCAACAGGCUUCAUCAUGAACCUGGCCCCUGCUCUUGACAAUGCAAGCAUGAGGUUUGAGCUGCACUCAAAUUACUUUGAGAACCCCCGAAUAUUUUCAGUGAAUGUUGUGUUGGCAGAGGAGAAGUUUGAAUGCAGCUGCAACUGUUUUGAGAUGAAUGGGAUUAUUUGUGCACACAUCAUAAGGGUAAUGGUGCAUCUCAAUGUCCAAAAAAUUCCACAAAGAUACAUGCUAGAGAGGUGGUCAGAAGCUGCGACAACGGCAAUGAGCGGUGGUGGAUGUCUCCUAGAUUUUGGGCACCCUGCAACCAACACUCUCAAGUACAACGCCUUGUGCAGAAAGUAUACAUGGUUGGCUUCACAAGCUUGCAGCAAUGAUCUUGCCUACAAAAUAAUGAAUGAUGCAGCUCACCAACUUGAGCCCCUCAUAGCUGUAGCAAAGCAAGGGGUGCUCCCAGAACAACAGGAAGCAAAUCAGUGACAAGCAAUGCAACAGCAACAACAAACCCCCGAGCCAACCACUGUGCCGCAACCUGAUGGCGAUGCCAUGCUUCAGAACCCCGCACGUGUUCCAAAAAAAGGGCGUCCGACUGAAAAAUCAAAGAGGAGAAAGACUCUGCUUGAGCAACGAGAAGAUGCACAUAAGAAUAAAGCUAAGAAAGAUGAAAAGAAGCAAACCAAGCCCAGAGGAAAACCUGGACCAAAGAAGAAAGCGCCUCCUUGUUCGUACUGCAACGAAGAAGGUCACGGUGUCCAAACAUGCCAGUACUUGAAGGCUGCAAUGGGGGUCAAAAAAUGUCCCUACUGUGAAGAGCAAGGUCAUGCUGUGCAAGAAUGUCCCUACCUAAAAGCUGCAAUGAAGACAGAUGCUAGCAUGGCUAGAGCAACAGAGCUUAGGCUGUGAUCAACUUCGACCAGAAAAAGAAAAAGAAAACUCUCUUGCUACUACACAUUUGUAAUAUUGGUUACAUAGAUUAGUUUCUUGACAAAGAGAAUGGUGCAAUUUACAUUAGAGGACAAAAAGUAGUUAUUUCAUCA